GGGCCUGGCCGCGUUGAAGCGAAGGCAGUCACAGUGACAACUCACCCCUUGGACCGACCUAAGACUGUCAUGCAGCCUCAACGCGGCCCCGCCUGACCGGCGCCGGCCACUCACCCCUUGGGCCGACCUAGGACUGUCAUGGCGGGAUGAGAUGGCUAACAUGAAUACAUUUCGAUACUUGGUGAGAUUAGCCAAAGAGAAUCCAGCUCUAGUGUGCCGUGUGGUGAACCAUCAUACACUCAGUCAGCCAAAGUUGCAGAUCAUUCGCCACAAAAAUGACAUGAACAGAACACCAUCUUUGACUGCUAUCAGAACGUACCGCAACAUCAGCCAUGGAGAUCCCCCUGUCCCCAACCUGACUAAACUGUGGUAUCUUUUUAUCGGACUGUCUUUCAUUGGAUUGAAUCUGGACUGGAAAGCAUUCAAAAAAUGGGCAUUUCCAAAAGUGGAUGCUGCAUCUGCAGGACAUGUAACGGAUUCACCUCAGGAUGAAGAUGUAAAGUUGGCAGAUACAGAGGAUGAUGGAACAAAGAAGAAAAAACGAACUAAGGAAAAAGUUGGAUUCAGGGAUCGUAAGAUCAUAGAGUAUGAGAACCGAAUCCGUCACUUCUCGACACCAGACAAAGUUUUUCGCUACUUUGCCACUCUUCAGGUGACUCAUGUCCAUGCCUCUGGAGCUGAAACCCACGAGGUCUUCAUGACCCCUGACGAUUUUCUCAGGUCUAUGACACCUGGAGUGAAACAACCUGAUGGACUUGGGCUGGAUCAGUACAAGCGAUACGACCCAAAGGACUAUGAUGAGUUACAAGCUCAGAAGAAUGUUCACAUGAAGUUGGAGCUUGCUUUAGAUGAAGACAGCAUAUUUUAUAAACUAGGAAGUUCUGGACUGAUAACAUUCUCUGACUACAUCUUUCUGCUCACUGUUUUGUCAACUUCCAGGCGGCACUUUGAGAUUGCCUUUCGCAUGUUUGACUUAAACGGAGAUGGGGAUGUUGACUCAGAGGAGUUUGAGAAGGUGGCGACUCUCAUCCGACAACAGACCAGCAUCGGUAGUCGACACAGAGACCAUGCCAACACUGGCAACACCUUCAAGGGUGUCAACUCUGCGCUUACGACUUACUUUUUUGGCCCUAAUAUGAACCAGAAAUUGACUAUUGAAAAAUUUCUUGAUUUUCAACGACAGUUGCAACGAGAAAUUCUCAGUCUUGAGUUCCAACGCAAGAACCCAGAUGAGAACGGAAACAUUUCAGAAGCAGACUUCACUGAACUUCUCUUAGCAUAUGCCGGUUAUGCUCCAAAGAAGAAGGCUAGGAUGCUGAAGCGAGUAAAGAAGACAUUUCGAGAAAACGCUCAGGGAAUCAGCAGAGAUGACUAUCUCAAGUUUUUUCACUUCUUAAACAAUAUCAAUGAUGUGGAUACAGCUCUCACAUUUUACCACAUCGCAGGCGCUUCCAUUGAUCAAGCAACUCUGAAGCAUGUGGCUAAAACAGUAGCUCAUGUAGAUCUGAGCGAUCACGUCAUCAAUGUAGUGUUCACCAUCUUCGACGAGAACAUGGAUGGACAACUCAGCAACCGAGAGUUUGUGGCAGUGAUGAAGAACCGACUGUUACGGGGCCUCGAGAAGCCCAAAGACACCGGCUUCGUCAAGCUGAUCCAGUCGAUCAUCAAGUGUGCCAAGGAGGCAAGGCCGGUCCUUUUUGACAUAUAAACCCUGGGGCUGCAUAUGAUGGGUUAUCUGAUGGAUUGUUAUAUGAUGGUUAUCUGAUGAUUGUUAUAUGACUGAUAUCUGAAGAUUGUUUCCUUGAUGGUUGUGAUUGGGGUUGUUUGUGUUUGCAUGGAAAUAUUAGGUUUUGUUUUUGACAUCAGUUUUAUUAUUUCCAACUCGUUUAUGUUGCAGGAUGUUGUCACAACAUACAAAUUGUUAUCAUUAUAAUAGUCAAUUUUUAUAUAAUCCGUAAAAUAAUCUUUUUGUUUUUCCAAAUUCAAUCACGAAAGAUCUCAAGUUUUAUCAACCUCUAUUUUAAAAAUGUACUUAUUCCAUUUUUGGAUUUUUUUAUUUUAAGUAUUUGGCAGUUUAAUACAAGUAUUAGUGAUUACUGUAACUGCCAAAAUAAUUGUAUGGAUUUUCGUAAGGUAAAUAAAUGGACCACUUCAUUUUAUGACUCUCAAAGCAAUAUUCUUGGAAUUACCAUAAGUUUGUGUUCUAUUUUACAUUAGACACAAAUAAGUUGAUAUCAUUGUGUCCAUAUAUUAACACCCGAUAUAGUUAACAACUUACAUAAGCAGUAUGUCUACUGGCCAAUUAAAAUCUUUUAGUGGAAAUCUGCUCUUAGAUAAGGACCUGAUUCACAACUUGUCUUAGUUUAAUCAAAACUAUCAUAACAAUUCAAGGAAACAUAUAUCAGAUACAUGCAUGCUGUCUGUUACAGGAAUACCCAGAAUCCUCUUUCAAGUGGAAACUCUUCCUCUUAAAAUCUUUCUUUUAAACUAUACACUAGCAAAUGCUUCUUUCAACAAAAAAUUACACAAUAUAUCCUGUAAUUCCAACUCAUUAAUCUUUAAAUUAGUUAAAUUUUUAAAAAUUUUGGGAAUCGAUUCCUGUAGUCCUUUCUGGGUACUCCCUUAAUCUGUUGCAUGUAUGAUAAAUAAAUGUGUACAAAUACUGUUACUUGUUGUCAUAACUACCAUAGACAAUAUUAAGAAGUCAAUGCUAUUUAAAAUCUGUUCUUUUGUAAAUUUAAUCUACUUCCUCACUGUUUACAAAAGUUUUGAUAUUGUAUUAAUGUUAAAGUGUUCGACGACCACUUGUGCAUGAUGAUAAAAUCACUCAAGUGCGAGUGAUGUGUGUUUAUUUAUUUAUGUUCCUUUAAGUUUUCCUCUUAUGAUGAAUUGUGUUUCAUUUCGUACUGUACAUUUUCCAUCUAUAAUUUAUUAAUACUGUUGUUUUGAAAAGUUUUAUAAACUAAAUCACAAGAAAAACUGUGAAAUCUUAGAAAAUAUUACAUUUUUCUUAUUAAAGAAAGUUAUUUUAUUUAAGUAUGUAUAAACCAUUUGUAAAUAACUUGAAUUAAUCUAAUUCACUAUGUAAUUUAACAUUGUCUAUUGAAUUUCAUAUAUAUAAUAAAAACAACUUAAUUCACAGAUUAAUGUCAUAGCUUUUACCUGAUAAUACCAACUGCACUGACUGAACUUUACCCACAGGCAAAACUAUUGCGAUUGUUUACUUAUAUGUUCAAACAUUAGCAUAAAAUCAAAUUAUUCUAUUGUCUCUUCCAUUUUAUUAUCUAUAGCAACUAUUCUAUUAAGUAUAUAGUGUUAGAUAUUUCCUGUUAACAGAGCAUCACACGUUAGUUAUAUGUUAAGAAAUACAAGCAUCAGUAUGUUCAAUAGACAAAUUUGUUUUUUUUCAAAAUUGUAUUCAUUAUACAAGCAGUUUUUUAAAGCAAAAUCCAAAAUAAAUGGAGAAUGAUCCAUAACUGAUGAGAAACUCGAAAGCUACAGUUAUUCUGUCAACAAAACACUAGGAUGGACUAUUUAGUAUACAAUGUAAGUAUGGUCGGCUACAAUUUUUCUGCCCUUUUCUUGCCUUUUGUUCAUUGUUUCCUAAUUUAAAUGGUCCUGUAAGUAUCGAUAGCACGUACAAGGUGUAAACAACAUUGAAACAUAUUUUGUAAUUUUGCAUCCGUGCAUGUUGUCGGUUCUUAACACUAUUUUGUGCAUGUCAUCCAUCCACACCCUUGAUUUACCAAGAGUUAAUAAAUUUAGUAAAACAAAAGGCAAUAUUGACCAAUAAAAUAUUGUAUCUCUUGAUUAUUAUUUUUAAAUAAAAUAUUUUGCCAUCCUCAAUCUCUACAAACGAUCCCAGCAAUUAAUUUUGGCAGCUUUUGGACAGUCAGGUUAGAGGAUACGUUAAAUCAAAUAAAUAGUGUCAAAAUAUUAAACAAACUUUAUCCUUUGACAUAAUUUACUUUAUAUUCUGCUAUUUCUACACUAUUUAAGAGUUAUGAAUGGUGUGGGUUAAAACAUCUUGUAAGACAACAUAGUUUUAAAUAGAUUUUAUCUAUUUUUAUUAUAAAUUUAUUUUUAAGUUAAGUUUUAUUGGGCAGAUAUGGUUUAUCCAUUCUUAACUAUUAGGUUAUAAUUGAUAAGUGGGAAAAAUAUCAAAUAAAUAUCACUAUAAACUUUAUAAAUACCCAUUUUUUUAGACUUAAUCUUGACUUGUUUUAGUUGAAAAUCAUUAUUUAUCAUGUUAAACAUGUUAAUGUUCAACUUUUUUCUAGAGAUAUUUAAAAAUUAAAUUUCAAUUUUAAGUGUUGUUUUAAAUGAAAAUGUUUUGAGAAAUGCACUUUGUCCAUUGUGUUAAAUAUUUAUUAAGUUAAAAAUUAUAAGUAUAAAAUAAAAUUCUCAGAACAAUUUUUUAUGGAUUUUUCCAAUUCGUUAAUAUUAAUAUUCUGUGGUUGCCUUGAGUAUCUUAUAAGAGUCCAUUACUGCCCAAAAUUGAAAACACUUUAUGGGGUGAAAUUUAAAUGUUCACAAAUGUGUUUUGUAUUUAAUAACUUAACCUGUGUCGAUGGCCGAUACCUACACAUGUAUUGGCAAGUGUUUUAUAAACUCAUUCUGUAUAUUUGCCAUGAAGUUUCCUAAAUGAAUGUUUUCACUGUAAAUAAAAAUUUAGUUCUACUCACAUUACAAUACUUUCUCUUAUACUAUGACUGGGAUAUGAAGUAAAAAUAAAGUGUUUACAAGUAUUAAAGGCAGUAUUAAUACUUGCACAAUACAAACACAAUGCCUUGUGCGUUCUUGUUUCAUGUUGUAUUGACCCAAUGAGUAUAUUUGGUUGUGUCCUCAGAUACCAUGGCUGAUUGAAUAUCUUGUAAUGCUACUAUGUUGUUGAUGUAAUUUUGAUCCCUAUCUGUGUGCAUGUCAUUUGCAAGAAUCCUGGUCAUUAAUAAAACAUACUAGUGCAAUAAAAAUAAUUUUUGUAAUUGUAUUUUACUACUGGUCUAAAAUCUAUUACAUUAGACUUUUAACUGUAUUUCUAUUACUGCUUUUUUGACAUGUUAUAAUUAGUAAUUUUUGGUAGUAGUUUUAUACUCCCUAUGUGAGUUUCUUUUGUUACAACCAUUAAGUCUGGCUUGUAUAUAACUUAUGUACAGAAAAUUGUAUUAUUGAAAUAAAGGUAUUACUAAUUGUCUUAAAUGA